AUGUUUUCUAUAAGGUCUCUCUUGCCCUUAGUACUCUCCUGCCUGCUCGUGGGGUAUGGAUGGGCUACACCAGUCGGCACUCUGGCUGGCAACGCUUCUUCGCCCAUCGUUGAUCUUGGUUAUGCGCAAUACCAAGGGACGCUAGAUACAAGCACGAAUAUCACGAGUUUCUUGAGCAUCCGUUAUGCUGCACCGCCCAUUGGCGAAUUGAGAUGGCAGGCUCCACAGCCACCUCUAGCAACGUCUGGUAUUCAGCAAGCCACAGAAAACCCGAACAUGUGUUAUCAGACAGGUUUCGGAGAAAACACUACAGCCCCUGUGUCAAUUUAUGGAUAUAACAAGCGAGAUACAACAUCCACGACCCCCAUAGCAUCUGAAGACUGUUUGUUUUUGAACGUGUUCACGCCAGGCAGCUUACCGACUGAAGCGUCUGCUUCUGGUGGUCUUCCUGUGGUUGUAUGGAUACAUGGAGGAGGUUAUGUAGCUGGAUAUGCUGCCGAGUUUGAUGGUGCAGAUCUCGUCAUGGACUCCCACAGUGGUGUGGUCGCUGUGAUUAUGCAGUACCGUCUAGGUGCAUUUGGCUUUUUGUCUGGUGAUGAAGUCAAAGCCAACGGUGCUUUAAAUGCGGGCCUUUUGGAUCAGACUUAUGCUCUUGAAUGGGUGCAGAAAAAUAUUGCCUUAUUUGGCGGAGACCCAGCUAAAGUCACGAUUUGGGGUGAAUCUGCAGUACUCAUAAAUAUCGCUACAGGAGCUGGAUCAGUGCUACAGCACAUAGUUGCUAACGAGGGGAACACGCAACCACCCUUGUUCCGAGGCGCUAUCACCAGUUCCACUUUCUUACCCUCGCAGUACUACUACAACGAUCGCGUCCCUCAAUCACUAUAUGAACAGGUAGUGUCAAUAUCAGGCUGCUCAUCCAGCAACGACUCUCUGGCAUGUUUGCGCACAGUAGAUGCAAACACCAUCCAGACAAUCAAUUAUGACCUCGCUGGCACUGGUUUCUAUGGAACAUAUCUAUUUGUUCCUGUAGUUGACGGUACUUUCAUCGUCGAGCGGCCAAGUGUGACGUUGGCGAAGGGAUUAGCCAAUGGGGAAAUGUUGUUAACUGUGGGCAACUCGCAUGAAGGCCAUAACUUUGUCAAUCUCAAUGAAACAUUGACCAUCACCGACUACGUGGCACAGCUGUAUCCUGAUAUGACUUCUUUGCAAGUGCAAGAAGCGGCUUAUUUGUAUAAUAACACGGGUGAUGCAUUAGAUCAGGCAAUUGGUGUCAUGGGAGAUUCUAUCUUCGUUUGCCCUACGUACUAUCUACUUCAAACAUUUGCAGGUAGAUCUUGGAAGGGGAUAUUUGCUAUUCCACCUGGAUACCACGGCAACGACGUUGCUUACUACUUCAACAACCCUGCUCCGCCAUAUAACAACACGCAAUUCAUUACUGCGUUCUCGGAGUCCUUCCUAUCAUUCGUAAUGUCUCUCGAUGUCAAUACCAAGUUUGAUCCAACAAAUAUCACCCCGUACUGGGACGAGUACUACAUAGGCGAAACCGAGAUGCUCUUCAAUGAGACUGAAGCGGGUGUACCGCUUGUGGUACCCGUGAAGACGAAGCCAGAACUGCUCGAGCGCUGCGCCUCUACCAGCAAUGUGUCUGGCCCUGUUGUCGACCUCGGUUAUGCGCAAUACCAAGGAAUGCUGGAUCCUGAAACCAAGAUCACAAGUUUCUUGGGUAUGCGAGUUACAGGCGGUUUGCGCUGGCAGGCCCCUCAGGCUCCUCCUGCUGUGUCUGACAUUCAACAUGCCACUGUCAAUCCUAACAUGUGUUACCAGACGAAUUUUGGGAAUAGCACCACGAACCCCUUUCCUGUCAAUGGACACCAUAACUUGAAGCGCGAUGCUGUUUCGACGACCCCAAUCGCUUCUGAGGAUUGCCUAUUCUUGAAGUAUGGGGUCUUGAUCAUCAUCAGCGUACAUGUCCCGGGUGACUUGCCAUCUGAACCGCCCGCGUCUUCGUCUAAUGGGCUUCCUGUGGUUGUAUGGAUACACGGAGGAGGAUAUGAGUAUGGAUAUGCUGCUCAGUAUGAUGGCGCGGAUCUCGUCACUGAGUCACACAAUGCGGUUGUAGCGGUGGUGAUACAAUAUCGUUUGGGUGUAUUCGGUUUCCUGUCUAGCAACGAGGUGAAAGGGAGUGGAGCUUUGAAUGCCGGUCUGCUGGAUCAAGCUUACGCUCUUCAAUGGGUCCAGAAAAAUAUUGCUGCCUUUGGUGGAGACCCAGCGAAGGUAACGAUAUGGGGAGAAUCUGCCGGGGCUGGAUCAGUUCUUCAACACAUCGUAGCACACCAAGGAAACACUCAGCCUCCUUUGUUCAGAGGGGCCAUCACCAGCUCGACUUACUUGCCCCCACAGUACUAUUACAAUGAUAGCAUUCCCCAGACAAUGUAUAGCGAUGUCGUAUCAUAUUCAGGAUGCUCGUCGAGCAAUGACACGCUUGCUUGCCUGCGAAGCGUGGACGUUGAUGUCCUGCAGACUAUUAACUUCAACUUAGCUGAGUCUGGUUUCUACGGAACAUUUAUAUUCGUUCCCGUGGUCGAUGGUACUUUCAUCGUCGAACGACCGACUGUGACUCUAAGCAAAGGGCUCGCCAAUGGUGACAUGUUGCUGUCUGUUGGUAACUCGCACGAGGGCAACACGUUUGUGAACACCAAUGAAACGUUGACGGUCAUUAACUACAUUUCGCAGUUAUUCCCUGAUAUGACCUCCUCACAAAUGCAAGAGGCGGCAUCCCUCUACAACGACUCAGGCAGUGCGUUAGAUCAGGCAAUUGAUAUCAUGGGAGACUCAAUAUUUGUUUGUCCUACAUACUAUUUACUUGAGACGUUCGCAGGCCGCUCGUCAAAGGGGAUCUUCGCCAUUCCACCUGCAUAUCACGGCCAGGAUGUUUCGUACUAUUUCAACAUGGUCACCGCAGAAGGAACUCCGGCUCCCCCGUCCUAUAACAACACCGUGUUCAAAACGGCGUUCUCUGAGUCUUUCCUAUCAUUCGUCGUCUCUCUCGAUGUCAAUGUCAAGUUCGAUCCGAGUAAUAUCACACCCUACUGGGCCGAGUACGCUGUUGACGGGACAGAGAUGCUCUUCAACAAGACCGAAACGGAUGAGCCAGUCGUAAAGCCUGUGAAGACGGACCCGAAAUUGCUCGAGCGAUACUGGCAUAGUGUCGCGGAAAUGACCGCUCAGUAG